CAAACCCUCUGUUUUUAGGCCUCCGGAGCUUUAAUUGCUUCCCUGCUUUACUCUUCUCUUCUCUCUCAUAGUCUCUUUAUUACACCCAACAUACCAACCACAUCUACACUUAUUUCCAUCAUUAAUUAUUAUUCUUUUUCUUCUCUUCUUUCUUUCACUCCCCACUCCCUCUUUAUUUCUUCACCAUCGCCACCUUUUCAGCUAAGCUGACCUGACACAGCAGCAGCUCCAAAACUGUGUCUUCUCGCUUUCUUUUUUCCCACAGGUUUUCUGAGCUUGAGUUUCUAGUAAGUAAGUUUUAGCUUUGGAGCAUUGGGGUUCUUUUUCUUAGCUGAAACUAAGAGGAAAAACCUUGGAAAGUGGUUUUGAUUGAGGGAAUCCGUUCUUUGUUUUUGUUUUUUUUGCUUUGGGUCGAAAAAGUUCUGCACUAUCUAUCUCUUUGUUUUGUUGAACCCAUUUCUGACCGUCUUCUUUGUCCUUUUGCUUGCUUCAUCACUUUAACUCUUCCUUCCCCUUCUCUGCCUGCUCAGUGUUCACACUCACACCCCAAAGUUUAUCCUUUUCAAGCUUCCAUUUAAUCUAUCAAGUAGAAAUAGCUAUAAAAUACCAAUACCAUGGAGGCUUAGCAUUUUUUUUUUUUUUUGCUAUUGAGUUGAAGGGAAAAGAAAAUGCUGUUAAAGGUCUUAGUUUUUCUUGUUUUGGUAUCAGUUGUUGGAAACGCUCAACAGCAAACUUUCAACGACGAUGUUCUGGGGUUAAUCUUCUUUAAAGCAGGGCUCAAAGACCCAUAUGCAAAGCUCCAAUCUUGGAGUCAGGAUGACAACGAUUCCUGCAACUGGAUGGGUGUUAAAUGUGACCCGACAACUUACCGGGUCACUGAGCUCCACCUUGAUGACCUUUCUCUUUCUGGUCACGUUGGCCGUGGCUUAUUACGGUUACAGUUUCUUCAAGUUUUAUCGCUUUCGAAUAACAACCUUACGGGAACCAUAAACUCUGAGCUUUCUCACAUUGGGAGCUUGGAGGUUAUUGAUUUAAGUGGAAACAGCUUGUCAGGGUCGAUCCCUGAUGAAUUUUUUGCACAAUGUGGGUCUCUAAGGUCGGUCUCUUUCGCAAGAAACAAUCUUACAGGGCAAAUUCCUGAUUCUUUGAGCUCUUGUUCCACCCUUGUGGCGGUUAACUUGUCGUCUAAUCAGAUUUCAGGGCAUUUGCCAUCUGGAUUUUGGUUUAUGAGGAGCCUUCAAUCGCUUGACGUGUCUGGUAAUUUGUUGGAAGGAGAGAUUCCUGAAGGAAUUGGAAAUUUGUAUGAUUUGAGAGAGAUAAAUUUUGGAAACAACAGAUUCUCUGGGAGGCUUCCGGGAGAUAUUGGAAGUUGUUCACUAUUGAAAGUGGUUGAUUUUAGUAAGAAUUAUUUGUCUGGUAGCCUUCCGGAUUCAAUGCAGAGGCUUGGUUCAUGUACUUCAAUCAGUUUACGAGGAAAUUCUUUCAGGGGACAAGUACCUGAUUGGAUUGGAGAAUUGUCAAGUCUUGAGAGUUUGGAUCUUUCUGCAAAUAAUUUUUCUGGUGGAGUUCCAUUUUCUCUGGGAAAUCUGCAGUUACUGAGGGAAUUGAAUCUGUCAAUGAACCAGUUUACAGGUGCAUUGCCAGAUUCAAUGGCUAAUUGUUUUAACCUUUUGGCUAUAGAUGUUAGCCAGAAUCUGUUGACAGGUAAUGUUCCGUCAUGGAUGUUUAAGAUGGGUGUGAAGAGUGCGUUGAUUUCUGGGAACAAGCUUAUUGGGAGCAUGGAAAGACCUUUACUCCCUUCAAGAGUGCCAUCUUAUCAAGGCCUUCAGGUCUUGGAUCUUUCUUCAAAUGCUUUAUCUGGAGAGAUUCCAUCUAACCUUGGGGUUCUUAGCAGCUUACUCUUCUUUAAUAUGUCCAAGAACCAUCUUUUUGGUUCCAUUCCGGCCAGCAUAGAAGAAUUGAAGAGUACACUAGUUAUUGAUUUAAGUGACAAUAUGCUGAAUGGAAGCAUUCCUUCUGCAAUUGGAGGAGCAGUCUCGCUCAAGGAACUGAGGUUACAGAGGAACUUUCUAUCUGGGAAAAUUCCAACUCAGAUAGUGAAUUGUUCAUCGCUAACAACUUUAAUUCUGGCCCGUAACAAACUAUCUGGCUCAAUCCCUCCUGCUAUGUCAAACUUGAGCAACCUGCAGUAUGUAGACUUGUCAUUGAAUGAACUAACUGGAAGCUUGGCAAAAGAGCUGGCAAAUCUUUCUCAACUCGUUUCCUUUAACAUCUCUCACAACCACCUUCAUGGUGAACUUCCACUUGGGGGCUUCUUUAACACCAUCCCUACUUCAUCUGUCUCUGGAAAUCCAUCAUUGUGUGGUUCCAUUGUCAACCGCUCUUGCCCAGCUGUCCAUCCCAAGCCCAUUGUUCUCAAUCCUAAUUCAUCUGACUCCAUUGGUGGCUCCUCUCCAAAUCACCACCGCAAGAAAAUUGUGCUCAGCAUCUCUGCCCUCAUUGCUAUUGGUGCAGCGGCUUUUAUUGUCAUUGGUGUAGUAGCUAUCACUCUCCUCAAUAUCCAUGUCCGUUCUUCUAUGUCACGUGCUCCUGCAGCUCUCACCUUAUCUGGGGGGGAAGAUUUUAGUUGUUCUCCCACCAAUGAUCCAAAGUAUGGAAAACUUGUAAUGUUUUCAGGGGAUGCUGACUUUGUUGCUGGGACCCACGCCCUGCUUAACAAGGACUGUGAGAUUGGUCGUGGAGGGUUUGGAGUUGUUUAUCGAACAAUCCUUCGUGAUGGGCGUUCAGUUGCCAUUAAGAAACUGACUGUUUCAAGUUUGAUUAAGUCUCAAGAGGAGUUUGAAAGGGAAGUGAAAAAACUUGGAAAGAUUAGGCACCAUAAUAUUGUAGCUCUUGAAGGAUAUUAUUGGACUCCUUCCUUGCAGCUCCUCAUUUAUGAAUUUGUUUCCAAUGGGAGUUUGUAUAAGCACCUCCAUGAUGGGUCUGGCAGAAGUUGCCUAUCUUGGCGACAGAGAUUCAACAUAAUUCUUGGGAUGGCCAAGGGUCUGGCCUAUUUGCACCGAAUGAAUGUUAUUCACUAUAAUCUUAAAUCAACUAAUGUUCUGAUAGAUAGCUCUGGUGAGCCCAAGGUUGGAGAUUUUGGCCUGGCAAGGCUGUUGCCGACAUUAGACCGCUGCAUCUUAAGCAGCAAAAUUCAAAGUGCACUUGGUUACAUGGCUCCUGAAUUUGCUUGUAAGACCGUGAAAAUAACAGAGAAAUGUGACGUGUAUGGCUUUGGUGUCCUGGUCUUAGAGGUGAUAACAGGGAAGAAGCCAGUGGAAUACAUGGAGGAUGAUGUGGUGGUGCUGUGUGACAUGGUCAGGGGUGUGCUCGAGGACGGUAAGGUGGAAGAAUGUGUUGAUGGGAGGCUUCGGAGUAACUUCCCAGCUGAGGAGGCAAUUCCAGUUACAAAGCUUGGUUUAAUAUGUGCAUCUCAAGUGCCAUCAAAUCGGCCAGACAUGGAAGAAGUAGUAAACAUUUUAGAGCUAAUCCAAUGCCCUUCUGAUGGCCAGGAUGAGCUGGAGUAAGCGAUUAGAGAUUGAGAUCUUUGUGUUUCCCGGUGAAGAAGAAUCCAGUUUGUUCUACAGAAAAAAAGAUUUAAAACUGGUCAUGAAAUGCCCUCCGCCUCACUUUUCCCCCCAAUUUUUUGUUCCUUAAUGUUGUUUUUUCUUUGUGCCUUAAUUUUUUUUUUACCCGUUCCUUUAUGGUAUUUUGUUACAUACAAACAAUUUCACUUACUGGAUUCCUUUUCACCGGCUCCAUAUGGCACUUUGGAUAUUAUUCAAUAUCAAAGAUAUUUCUGUUCAACCAGGGUCUCCACUGUUGCAUUAUCCUGUAUUUGUUUCAUUAUGAAUGAACUGUAGUUCUUGAAAGAAUGAAGGAAAGCAAGGAAAAAAUGCUGCCUGUAGGUAAGAAAAGGAAGAGGAAGUGAAAUAAAGCAAAACAAAGCAAGCUGACAAGGUGGGAAAUCAAAACCAUAAAAAGUGAAAGCACAAGAAUCGAAUGGUAUGAUAGUAACACAUGAUGAUGUUGAAGACAAGCACUCAUUU